GUUGCUGCACCUCCUCCUUCAAUUAAUGAUGAAUCUGCCUUCCCAGCUUUGGGUGGAUCUGCAGGUUCAGCUUCAGGUUCAAAUGUGAUCUGGGGUCCAUCUAUGAAAACUCCAUCUUCUGCCUCUUCUUCUGAUAAAGUAUUUUCAAGAUCUAGUUCUUCCCGUGUUCAAAAAUCUGUUCAAGAAGCUUUCAACAUCAAAAAUAACGUUAGUUUAAACGUUUCAACAGUUGAAUUCCGUAAAAUUAUUAGUGAAUUGAAGAAAACUUAUGAUGUUUCAUUAGAAUCUACUGUCUCCACUAUCAAUAAAGAUAGAACAUUUGUUGUUUCUGGUUCCAUCAAGAAUGUUGCCCAAGUUAGAAAAGAAUUAGUCCGUCGUUUAACCAAACCUGUUCAAGAUCGUUUCAAAAUCCCAUCAAGAACUAGAGCUGCCGUUAUUGGUUCAGGUGGUAAAAACCUAAGACCAAUCAUUGAAUCUACUGGUACAAGAAUCAAUAUUGAAAGAAAUGUUACUCCAGGUCCUCAAUCAAGUCAAUCUGAUGAAGAUGAUGAAAUUGAAGUCACCAUUGAUGGUGAUAUUGAUGGUGUUACUGAUGCUAGAAAAUUGAUCUUGGCCAUUGUUGAUGAAGAGACUAAACAUUUGUCAACAAGGGUUCAAGUUCCAGAUGAAUUGAUUAAAUUCGUUAAACCUUUUGAUAUUAAUGAAGAAAACUUGAAAGUUUCAGGUCCAAACAAAAAUGGUUCAAUUUCAAUUCAAGGUUUAAGAGAUGAUGUAUUGAUCAAAAAGAAUGAAAUUGUUUCUCAAUUAAAUGAUUUGAAAAUUAAAAUCAAAACUGAAACCAAAUCAAUCCCAAAGAAAGUUCAUCAAUUCAUUAAACCUGAUGAAAUUUAUAAACAAUUUAAUGUUGUCAUUGAAAUUCCAAAAGGUGAAAUUGAUGAUGAAGAAUUAGUUUCAUUUGUUGGUUUGCCAUCAGAUAUCAAUGCUGCUAUUCAACAUGCUAGAAAUACAACUUCUCAAUUCAUUAUUGAUUCUUUAGAUAUUUCAAGAGCCCAUGGUGGUAAUGUUGAUCACGCUCGUGCUUUAGCUGCUUAUUUCAGUCAUGCUGGCUUAUUAAACAAGAUUGGUGAAGAAUUCAACACAAUUACUUCAGCUCCACCAUUUGAUAAAUUAGUUUCAAGAAAUUUGAAAAACGUUAGUAUUGAUAUAAGUGCUCCAAAGACUUCUACUCAAUCCAUUAAAGAUUCAAGAAAGAAAAUUGUGGAAUUAGUUAAUGGUUUAGCUCCAACACGUAUCCGUUUUGUUAAUGAUGUUGUUCCAUUUUUCGCUAAAAGAGUUGCUUCAAUAACUGAAUCCUCAUCUAAAUCUCAAAACGUCCAUGUUGUUCCACUAUCAUUCUUGGCUGAAAACAAAACUAAUGAAAUCAUUUUGGUUGCCUUAGAUAAUGAAGAUGAUGAAUUUGCUCCAUCUCAAGAAGAAAUCAAUGCUAGAUUAGAUGUUGUUGAUCAUUCAUUAGAUGAAUUAAGAAAAGCUCAAUCUGAAUUGAAAUCAGUUGUCCUAGAUGUUGAAAAUGAUAAACAACAAUUCAUUGAAGGUCCAAAUGGUACCACUUUGAAAACUUUGUUAAACUCUUUUAACGAUGGUUCAAGUGCUAUUGUUUUGAAAUUGCAUUAUAAUGGUGAUUUACCAUCUCCAGAUAAAGUUUAUAUACAAGGUACAAAAACUGAUGUUGGUAAAGUUGAAAAAGAAAUCCAAGCUUUAUUGAAAGAUGCUGAAGAUUUAAAAGAUAUUUACAGUUUCAAGAGUGAAAUUCAUGUCCCAAAGAAUGUUUUACCAAGAUUGAUUGGUAAGAAUGGUGGUCAUUUAAACACCCUUAGAGAUCAAUUUGGUGUCAACAUUGAUGUUGAAAAAGAUCCUCAAGGUGAAAAAGCUGCAUUAACUAUUACUGGUUAUAAAUUUAAUGUUAAAGAAGCUGAACAUGAUAUCUUACAAUCAUCUAAAAGAUGGGCUGAUGAAGUCACCAAGACUGUUAUUGUUCCUCAAAAAUACCACGGUUCAAUAAUUGGUCAAGGUGGUCAAUACGUUAAAAGAUUGCAAGAUAAAUAUAAUGUCAGAAUCAACUUCACUCAAGGUGUUGAUGAUGUUGUUAUUAGAGGUCCUUCAAGAGGUGCCAUCAAGGCUGAAGAAGAAGUUAAAGAGUUGGUUGAUUAUUUCAUUGAAAAUGGUUACACCAAAGAGAUUCAAGUUCCAACAAAAGCUUUAUCAAGAAUCAUUGGUAAGAAUGGUGAAACUAUGAAUGGUAUUGCUGCUGAUGCCGGUGUUGAAAUUGAUGUUAAAGAUAACGAUGAUAAAGAAUCAGAAUUUGGUUCUGUCUUAUUAACAGGUUCAAGAAAAGGUUUGAAAGAAGCUGAAACUAAAAUUUUGGCUAUUGUUAAAGAAUUCCAAGAUACCAUUACUGUUGAAUUAGAAGUUGAUCCUAAAUAUUUCAGAGAUAUCUUGGGUGCUAGAGGUUCAACCAAGACAGCCAUCAUUGAAAAAGCUGGUGGUGCUGAUCUUGAUCAACAAAGACGUUUAUUACAAAUCCCAGAUCAAUCCUCUGAAUCAAAAAUCAUCACUUCAUCAGGUCCAAAGAAAGUUGUUGAAUCAAUCAUUGAACAAGUUAAAAAAAUUGUUCAAGAAAAGGAAAACUCAGUUACUGAAAAAUUGGAUGUUUCAAAAGAUAAACAUAGACUCAUCAUUGGUACCGGUGGUACCGUUCGUCGUACAUUAGAAACUGGCCAUAAGGUUUCCAUUAACGUUCCAAAAUUUGCUUCAGAUUCAAGUGAAGUUACUAUCGUUGGUUUACCUGAAAAUGUUGAAAAAGCUAAAGCCGCAAUUCUUGAGUUAACUGCUGAUGACUGGAAGACUGUCGUUGAAGUUCCAGCUUACUUACAUGCUGCUGUCGCUGAAAGAGGUGCUUUCACUAGAAAGAUUAGAUCUGAUCAUAAUGUUGAAGUUACACACGGUAAUUCAUCAAAUCGUGCUUACAAGUUAUCUUCUUCUCACAUUCCAACUCCACCAAGCUCUGCAUCUGGUUCUGACGAGGAAACUUUUAAAUUUACCACUGAAGAUGCUGAUUCAAGUGCAGAUGAUGAUUCAGAUUUGAUUCCAUGGAGACUUAAAGGUGAAGACGAAGAUGUUGCUAAAGUUGAAUCUUUAAUCAAAGCAAGAAUUGAACAAUUCAAGAAAGAUAACACCUCAGGGUUUUUGUGGUAUAAAGAUCCAUCAGUAUUUGGUAGAAUUGUUGGAAUUCAAGGUUCCCGUUUGAACAACAUUAGAAAGAAAUCAGGGGCUCAAAUUUAUAUCCCAAGAAAAGACGACACUGCUAAUGAUGUUAUCUAUUUGAAAGGUACUAAGGCUGCUUUAGAAAAAGCUGAA